AUGGUGGCGACCGAAUCUCCAGCCGGCGCGGCCGUGCGCGGCGUGACCUUCGACCUGGACGACACGCUGUGGUGCGGCAGGACGGUGAUCCGCAAGGCCAGCGAGGCCUUCCACGCGUUCCUGGCGCAGCAGACGCCACAGCUGGCGGCGCAGUUUCCCCCGGCGGCGUUCGACGCGCUGUUGGUCGAGUUCCAGCGCGCUCUGCCGGCCCAGGCGCACGACUACACGUUCCUGCGCAAGCACACGCUGCGCCACUGCGUGAAGGCGUGCGGCGCGCAGAACCUGCGCGUGCAGGACCAGGCGCAGCUCGAGGCCUUCGUGGAGACCGCCUUCCGCGCCUUCCUGGAGCCGCGCAGCCGGCCGGAGCUGUUCGACGGCGUCGAGGGCUUGCUCCGAGGCCUCGAGCUUGAGAUCAAGCGCUCUAGCGGCGCUGUGGCCGCCGGCCCCGUGCUGGGCGUCAUCACCAACGGCAAUUGCGCCAUGGACAGCCUGCCCAAGUACUUCCAGGACCACGUGAACUUCAUGAUCUCGGCCGAGCUCGUGGGCUCGGCUAAACCUAGCGCGGCCAUCUUCGACGCCGCGGUGGCCAAGUUCCCGGCCUCGUACAGUCGCCAGCACCUUGUCCAUGUCGGCGACCACUACGAGUGCGACGUGGAAGGAGCCAAACGCGCGGGCCUGCGCACUAUCUGGGUGAACGCGAGGUGGAUCAAGCCCGACGCCUUGACGCGAGCGGACUUGUCGGAGGAGGACGCGGAGCAGUAUGCUGCAGCUGACGCUAUUGUGAAGGAGGUGAACGCUGUGUUGCUGGUGGUGGAGCGCUGGAACACGCUCGCUGCUACUGCUACUGCUACUCAAACGGUUUGA